UCUCCAACCCAUCCCAUCCACUUCACCCCCAAUCUCUCCCCACCCCCCAAAAAUCAACCCGAAAGACUCAAAAAAAUGACAACCCACCGCGCCGACGCCAGCACCUUCCUCGACAACCGAGGCUACACGGGCCCUCUCGUCCGAGGCGUGAACCCCGCGACUCUAUUCGAAAAAGCCGUUCGCGACCGCAUCACAGACUCCUACUACUGGAAAGAGCAAUGUUUCGGACUCAACGCCGCGACGCUCUGCGACCGGGCCGUGGAACUCACCUGCAUCGGAGGUGUGUACGGAGUAGCCGAAAAGCCGUCCCCAUUUUUAUGUCUCGCCUUCAAAUUACUCCAACUUAAUCCGUCGAGGGAUAUUGUGCUCGAGUAUUUGAAUUUCACGGACGCGGAUGAGGAGCAGGAUAGGGAAGAAGGGGAUGGGGGCGAUAUUGAUGAUGGGGUUGUGAAGUCCACCGGGUCGUUUAAGUAUCUGCGUGCGUUGGCGGCGUUCUAUGUGCGGUUGACGUUCGAGCCGGUGGAGGUGUAUAAGACGUUGGAACCGCUGUUGUUGGAUUAUCGGAAGUUGAAAAGACGCGUUCGUGAUUCGUUUACGUUGACGUAUAUGGAUCAGUUUGUGGAUGAGUUGUUGACCAAGGAGAGAGUGUGUGGAACGAGUUUGUGGAAGUUGCCCGGGAGGCAGCAGUUGGAGGAUUUGGAUUUGUUGGAGGUGAGGGUUAGUCCGUUGCAGGAGGAGUUGGAGGAGAUGGAGAGGAGUACAGCAGGGAUGAUGGAUCCCUGCUGCUGCUGCGGUGACGAUCAUGCCGUGCCGGUCUACGGACUGCGCUGUUUGAGCCGCGCGGACGCCUCGCUGAUAUGGGGCUCUCCGAACUAUCCUGGGCAGACUACCGCCGUCUAAUGCCCGGUGGACACGGUACAAGACAGACGGGACAUACCACGCAUCAACGAGAUGUGCGCGCCAUAUAUUUGCGGUUCUCACGCUAUAACGAGGAUAUUGCGCUUUGGAUAAGAUUGGAGAUACUUGAAAUAUCACAACGCCAUGCAUAGCAAAUGGCAUAGAAGAAGGAUUCAUACAGCCUCC